AUGGGUUAUAUUCCAAAUGAAUGGAAAAAUUCCAACAUUAUAAUCUUCUUAAAGUCCAGUAAAGACAUAGACCACCCAUCAUGCUAUCACCCGAUUAGUUUUCUUAGUUGUCUCGGCAAACAUUGGGAGAAAAUAAUUAAGCAACGACUGAUGGUUAUACUUGAACGACGUAACAUCGUUCUUGAACAUCAAGCCGGCUUCCGAUCACGAAAAAGCACCUUAAACAACACCAUAAGGUUAACAAAACAUGCUCAAAAUCAUAUGCAUAUAUCUGGCUGUCGUCGCUAUGCAGCAGUAAUAUUAUUCGAUAUAAAAGCUACUAUUUACACUGUCUGGCACGGUGAACUUAUUUAUAAAUUAAAUCAAUUAAGGGUGCCACAUUAUUUGACAAAUUAUCUAACUUCUUUUGCACAGAAUAGAACUACGGUAAUCGAAAUUGAAAAUAAAUUAUCCAGACCAUUCAACUUUAAUAGUGGAACUCCACAAGGAUCUCCGUUUUCACCAUUAGUUUACAUAAUAUAUACGGGAGAUUCAAUGAACGGAAUACCACAACAUACAGAACAUGGUUUAUUUACCGAUGACACUGUUCUGUGGACAUCAUGA